AUGCCUUCUUUCAUGAAGCUUGCUGCUACGGCUCUCGCCGUGGCCGCCCCUCUGGUCUCAGCUCAGACUUACUCCGACUGCAACCCCAUGAAGCAGAGUUGCCCUGCCAACCCUGGUUUGGCUCAAUCCGAUGCGCACUUUGACUUCACCCAGAGCAGUGCCCUCGACCAGUUCAAGAUCACUGGUGGCAGUGUUCCCACUGGCGCUGAUGGUGCCGUCUUCACUAUCAACAAGGAAGGCGAUGCUCCUACCAUCACCAGCAAGUUCUACUUCUUCUACGGUGAAUUGGCUAUUGUCAUGAAGACUUCUGCUGGCCAAGGCAUUGUCAGCUCCGCCUUCUUGCAGUCCGAUGACUUGGACGAGAUUGACUGGGAAGCCAUUGGCACCAGAACUGAUGCCGUUGAGACCAACUACUUCGGCAAGGGUGAUACUACCACCUAUGACCGUGAGACCUGGCCCGCUGUCGCGGAUCCUCACAAUACCUUCCACACCUACACCAUCAAGUGGACCGAGGAGUCCGUCGUUUGGUUGGUCGACGGUGCCGUCGUUCGCACUCUGAACUACAACGAUGCCCAGGGCGGCAGCCGCUUCCCCCAGACCCCGAUGAACAUUCGCAUUGGUAUCUGGGCUGGUGGCGCUCCUACCAACGCCCCGGGUACUAUCGAAUGGGCUGGUGGUCCCACCGAUUACUCCAAGGGUCCUUACUCCAUGUACAUCAAGAGCAUUGAUGUCAAGAACUACAACCCCGCCGAGUCUUACUUGUGGACCGACCGCUCCGGUUCCUCUGCCAGCAUCAAGUUCACUGGCUCCGACGCCGUCAAGCCCGGAACCACCAGCACUACCAGCACCACCACCUCCGAUGCUACCACUAGCUCCUCGACCAAGACUUCCACCACCACCACCAAGUCUGUCCCCACCACAACCGAGAUCUCUACUUCCGUUUCCACUACUCUGGCUACCAAGACCUCGAGUUCUGUCGAGUCCACCGUGGUCCCCAGCACCACUGCUUCCAGCUCUUCUACUGCCACUGCUACUACUUCACCCAGCCAGACUACUGGCUCUGGCUCUGGCUCUAGCACCAUCCCUCCCUCGGAUACCGGCUCCUCCACCAGUGCCAGCAGCAGCCCUACCUUCAACGCAGCUGCCACUGUCGCUGCCAGCUAUCUGGGCCCCGUCUCCCUGCUGGGUCUGGUGACUGCCCUUCUCCAGCUGUAA